AUGGUCCGAAUUGCAUCUACUCUCGUCGCAGGCCUUGUAGGCCUAGCCAGUGUGGUCUCCGCCCACCCCGGCCACGACAUCAGGGCCGAGGCUGCGGAGCGCGCAGCAUUCAUCAAGCGCACACCGCUCAGCUCUCGCAGUUUGGCGCACUGUGCCCCACAGAUGAAGGCGCGGGGUCUUGAGCGGGCGAACAUGGCCAGACGCCGACAUGCAGCGAACAGUCUGCGUCGGAAACGCGACUUGGCCCAUCUGACCGAGUUCCAGAGACGAGACCACUCGCCCCACCACUCUGAUCUUGACGUCGACCAGACGGUGGACCCUUCGGAGCUGUUCAAGUCCGGAGGCACCUGCAUCCUGGGCCCCGAUGUCACCGAGGGACCCUACUACGUCAGCGGGGAACUGAUCCGCACCGAUGUCUCCGAGGAGCAGGCUGGCGUGCCCCUAUUCCUGGAUAUCCAGCUUGUCGACACCAAGACCUGCGAGCCUGUGCCGGAGGCUUACAUCGAAAUCUGGCACUGCAAUGCUACCGGUGUCUACUCCGGUGUCGUGGCGAAUGGCAAUGGAGACCCCGAAAGUGAAAGCAACCUGGACGCGACCUUCCUUCGCGGUAUCCAGCAAACAAGCGCCGAGGGCGUGGUGCAAUUUGAGACUAUCUUCCCGGGACAUUAUACUGGGCGUACCACCCAUGUUCACGUUCUCUCCCACCCCGGCGACACAAAAGCCAAUGAGAACGACACCCUCUCAGACCUGUAUACCACGACCGCCUCCUACGUCGGCCAGAUCUUCUUCGACCAGGAACUGAUCAACGCCGUCGAAAAGACGGAAACCUACGCGGCCAACACCCAGCCUCUGACCACCAACGACGAAGAUGGCAUUCUUGCCGAGGAAGCUGCCGAGAUCGACCCCUUCGCCCAGUACGUGACGCUCGGCGAGGGCGACGAUGUGAGCGCUGGCUUGUUCGGCUGGAUCUCGCUGGGCAUUGACCCCACGCAGAGUAACGAUGUCAAGGCUGCGGUGUUCUACACUGAGGAUGGCGGCAUCGAGAAUCCGGAUGCUGGUGGUCCUCCUGGUCCUCCUCCCCAGUAG